GUACUGUCGUCAUUUAGUGUUUCCCGUCGGAAAAUCGAAGGCUGUGUAAGUUUAAACAGCCAUAUUGACUAACAAACAGUAUCUGGUCAGUUCAGAAUCGAUCAAACUUUGAUAAAUAUGGACCAAUCAGUGAUGGAUUGCGCCUCCCAAUAUUCGAAAUCUACUUUUAUACCAACAAUUGCACCCAAUGACCUGUCUGGAGUUAGGAUAUACAUUCUUCUGCUGCUGGGAAUCCUGUCGACGUCACCAAGCAACCCCUGCCACCACAAACAGGCGGACCGCCGCCCUCCUACGCUCAGACUAACCCUUCAGGCCAGCCACCCUCAGGGUACGUGCAAUCCCCAUAUCCUGGGCAACCUAUUCCUCAACAGCCAGCGGUCCAGUACGGGUAUCCAGCUACAAAUGUCAUUGUUACUCAACCAGAGAGCGUGCUGAGUAUUCCG